AUGGAGGGAGCCAGUACUCAGCCAAUGCCGCAUUCGCAGCGGGAGCGUCAGGCUCCUGUGCACGCCAUCAGUGGCACGUGGGAAAACUGCGACCAGGCGGGUGAAUACAAGGGGACUGCCUGUUGCGUCGUGGAGAGGCAAGUGUAUUCUACGGAGACGCACGCAGUGGAAGGCUGCUGUUCCACGCGAUGGAACGGAGUUAAGGAGGAAAAGGGCGGUGGUGAAGUGUCCUCAAGAACUGCUUUAGCAGGGGUUGUCCAUCUUUAUACAAAUUCAGACGGAAACGCAUAUACGCACAUUUCUGACCAAGGAAUGAGACAGGAUGAAGCUGUGGCGGGACAGGAGCAGCGUCACCUUAACUGUGAGGGGGAACACGAGAAGAAAGGGAACGUGGCAGCAGGAGGUGGUACCCUCAUGGUGACAAAAUCGGAGAUUGAACCGUGCGACGACUACUACUCCGUGCAGAGAGGACAGUCGUGCGCGGGAGAGAGAGCGCCGCGUGACGGAUGCUGUAGACUCCUUGAUGGCAGCCGUGUCGACCCGGCAGAAGGAGGUUCGGAGGAAGAUGAAAACUGUUAUACACAUGUGCUUCAGAAGCAUCUGGGUCAGAUGCCGACGGCACCGUACCAAGGCGACGACCGCUUACAGACUGACUUACGACUGGGAGACUUCCAGUCCGGUCCUUCGGAUGCCUUGUCCGGACACCAUGUAACACGGACACCAAUUCUUUCGCCUCAUGGCAGGUACUCUGAAUACAUCAGCGAACGUCUUGCGUGGCAGUAUGCUGAGAGACCGGGGCAUGGUAUUGCUGCGGAGAAUACCGUUGUGAUGCACAGCCAUACUGGUGAGGCAACCGGAUCAUUGCGAGCGGAUGCGCCUUCGCAGUGGUCCACAGAGAGCCGCCUUCAGUUUCACGUCGGGUCUCAAUUUACCACCGAGAAUCCGGAACUGUUCGCUGGCAUUGUGGGAUUAGACACAGAGCAAUUCGACGCGAGAAAUGCAGAAGCGCUGCACUGGAGACAACAGGGAGAGGCUCGCUCAACGGAGACCGAAUGCAUCGCUGACAUAACACCAGAGCGAGGCAACCGGAGUACAAUACGGCAAUGGAAUAAACCAGAAGCGGCGCGACAGGAAUAUCACCGUGCGUCAGCCUCUGCUCGAGGGCCAGAGGAGACCAAUAUCAUCACUCGGGGAGCACACUCCGACGACCAAAGUAUAGACGCUGCUGCUCCAGGCUGCUGGGCUGCGCGCCAUCUCACGUCUCGACAGCAUCCUAACCCGCGACCGAGGAUGAAGGAGGAACAUUGCGGUCGGGAAAGGGAAGUCUUGUCUUCGGAGCAGCCCUCAGACUGUGGCGAAACACAGAAAACACCGGCGUCUCAUUCACUUGUCUUGGAUUCCAAGAGUCGAGCAGACGCGAGUCAAACAUCACCGUAUACGCGUAACGACGAAAUUCAAACGAUUCGAGCAUUUGAGGAACAAUGUCUUGAGGUGCAACUUCCUCAAUCACGCUUAAGGCGUGGCAUUGACUAUGAAGCUGGCAUGUCACAGCUGGCUCCCACAACGCAAGAGUUGAAGGCCAAAGUGUUGACAACGGGACUGUCCCCUUCGUGUCCAAACGCAGCCGUUCUUCGAGCUAGUGUACCCUUGUCUAUGGAUACAACAGUUACGGUUCACCUUGCUGAUGUCGAGGAUCCGAGUUCGAAGCGUCACACGCCUAUCGAAAACUCUAUUUCCAGCGGGCAUUGUGAUCCUCCGUGCUCGAGCCCGGGGGGAAUGAUGGAGCCCCGUGUAUCCGUUUCGGGUUUAGGCAGUCCUCACAACUGCGUGGAGGACAGAGAGAUUGCGCGACACGGAGACGGUAUUGGAAGGGACAUACUGGAAAGGCGUCCGCUACCAUUCUCUCCUGCUGCACUCCUGACGGGCUGCUCUAGCACGGCAGCCUCAUCCGUUGUGUCUGGUGACGUGUUCACUUCGGUAGCAGCCUCUGCUCGCGCUAACGCGUGUAGAUCGAGUACUGAUACCCAGGAAGAGAGUGGCUGUGGCGACGCGCCGCGGUAUGUACUACUGUUCCCUGACGAACAAGACGAGAGAUUAGGACAUGCGCAAACCAGCAUUGCCACGCCGUCUGGAUCAGGCCAAUCAAAAUGCAUGUUUAAGGGCGACGGAAAUGCAGAGGCCACAUUCAGGGAGGAGGUAAAGAGUUCAGAACUUCGGACGCCCUCGAGGAUACAAACACGGCGUUUGCUUCCCGGGGUACAGCUUCAAGGCAUGGACUGUGACGGAUGCGGUGCCUCCGAUCCCCAGAAAGGGAGACCUGCGCCAGAGACAGGUUUUUUGCCUGAGAUUUGCCAUUUCUCACCUCAGCAUCCAUGGCAACCGGGAUCGGAAGUCAACCAGGGGUACCGGGCGGGCGCUGACUACGGGACCUCUCGGGUACAGCAGAGUCUUGAAAAUUGUUCAUGGGAAGAGUCAGUGGAUGAGGGUGAACAACCACGCACCACAUCGUCCUCCUCAUACGGACAAGACACGCAGAAACGGGAUUCCUUCCUCCAGUCAAUCGAUAACAGAAUAGCAAGCGAACCGGUUGACCCCACAGGUACAUGCGGAUAUAACUCAACGCCUGAAACCUUUCGUAGUGGAUGCAUUAUGCGUGAUCAGAUGCUCGGUGUCAAGCCACAUCUGUCUCAUGUAUCUUUAACGCGCGAGGGCAAGCAUCGGGGACAGCAAACGCACCUACGGAAAACUGGAGUGCCAACAUGGAGCGCUGAGGAGGAUGCGAGUCUCGCAGAGUUGGUGUCUAGAAAGGGCUUCAAGUGGGCACUGAUCUCUUCACAACUUACUGGCGCCUUUGGGAUCCCACGGACUGGUAAACAAUGUCGGGAACGAUGGUUUAAUCAUGUGAAUCCCGAGGUUAAGAAAGGCGACUGGUCAGCCGAGGAGGAUGCCAUGAUACUGAUGCUUCAGAAUGAACUGGGAAAUCGCUGGGCGACUAUCGCAAAGAAGUUGCGGGGCCGCACAGAGAAUGCCGUGAAGAACCGCUUUAUUUCUCUCAGCAAUGCCCGCCUAGGUUAUGGUCGUCCAAAGCGCGAUGGCUCGAGCGCGGACUGCUUCAGUAACAGACGUACCGGUAGUGGGAAGUCGUCAGGCAUAACAGGGAUGCCGAAUCUAUGUCAGUCUGUAUGUUCCGCUGGCACAACGAAGAAGGACUCGUCUGAAUCGGGUAACCAUUUCGUUAUGUCCGUUGCCACGAAAGUUUUUGAAUUUUCGGACGUGGCAGUGGAUUCUGGGGUGAGCCGACCGAGACAGUGCACUGGCACGUCACCCAGUUGUGGGCAUCCGUCGGCAGGUGAGGGGGAUCCAUCUCAUUUAAAGAACACUGACGUUGUCGGCCGGGAACAACCCAUACAGCGGAACAACAACGAAUCAGGCAAAGCUGCAGAGCAAACUGCGUUUUCAGGCGUGAAGACAGGGACACUAUCGGUUUCACAGGAUGCUGUCCCUGUCGGUCGUCUAGUCGUAGCAAGUGUAGGGCCUCAGCACAUUCGUAGGAGCUUCCCGACUGACGAAACAUUACCAAAAUUCGCUGCUAAAGAGCAUAACAACCAACAGCUGAACGACGAGAGAGAACAUCUCGAACAAAGCAACUCCACGUCAGAGGGGAGCUUUCUGGCAUCAGCUCAUGAACAUGCAGACAUCGCGCGAAGUGAUCCUGAUGAGGACACGCUGGAGCCCCAUCAAAAACGACGACGCAAGCGAUGUGCAAUAGCAUACCAGGGCGAGGAACGUGGUGACAGCAACGGUCUUGAUUCAAUUGCGGAUCGUGCAGAGCAAGCAGGGAACUUCCAGGCAAUGAGGAAAGCUAACACGGACAACGGAAAAGUCGAUUACUUGGAGCCUCAUCGCUACGAAAAGUUGUCACCAUGCGAGCAGGUGAUCCAGCCGUCCUUGCGGCCAGCAUGUGACCAUCGUGGUGCACCCCAAAACUCAGUCGAGAGUGGUGAGCAGUCUCCCGAUGCACAGCGACAGUUGUGUAAUCAAGGCUGUCGGACUUCCAACCGAACAGUACACAGCUCUGUUUACAGCAACGAAGUGGAGUCAAAUGAGCUGCGCGGUGUGUUUCGGCUGGCGGAACAAUCGCUGCCUUCCCAGAGCGGGGAUCCUGCGUGGUCGACAGCAGGAUUUCAGUUGUCUAUCCUGCCUCAGAAGGUGGAAGUACACUCCAGGAACAAAUGCGAUGGUCAAAAUGUGAUGUAUCGGUGUUCGCCCGGUUCUUUGCCGACUACCCAUCAGCAGACAGUGUUUCAUUACGAUAGAGAUUCAAGCAGGUUCCCUUGCGCGGCCAAGCCUGCCGCAGCAAGUGGAGCCCAGGGGACGAUCGAGGAGAACGACGGAUUAGUUAAAGAAGGACCGAGCAUGAUUGUUACCGGGAGCAGUGUGGAAGUAGUACACUGCUGUUCAGUGUCCCUUCGCAGGCGUGACCGGUCGUUACCAAGCGCUCAGUUGUGGACUUCACAAGAGACUGAGUCUGACACGAAUCCAUCACCGAACCAGCAGCAUGAGAGUUGCCACCAAUACUUAACGCUAGAUGAUCUUCAGAAACAAUCCCGAGGCACAGUUCUGUCAGCGAAAGAAGAAAUCGGCAAGCCGGAGACGUGGUCUCACGUUGUUGACAACACUUACUCGAAGACAGACCACCAGCGUGCGUCGCUGUGUGCAGAGAAUUCGUCAGGAUGCGCCGAAGGAAGCACGGAACUCGUCAGAUUCUCGGGAGGCUCUGUAAAAUCAGGGAGCAGUAUGAGCGUCGACUGCGGAAAUGGAAACCCAGAUGACUGCCAGGAUUGCAAAGCUGAGGAGAUAUGGCGAGGCGAGCAACGAUAUGCCGAAAGGGGCCACUCGGUUGAAUCCAGGGGUGCUGGUUCAGUAGGUAGGAGCACGGAUCUAACUAUCACCGACUCUGGAUCGAUGCCGCUGUGUGCCAGCCCAAUCGGUAGACCUCCUGCAGACAACGACACGCUGUUUUUAAGUGAUGCCAGGUGCAACGUAGUGGCACAACUUAACCAUCAAGAUAACAGCAGGAUUUCCCGAUUAGCAAGCUGUGAAGAGGAAUUCUUGGCAUGCGGAGGUGAGCGUCUGAUUAAUGCUUCCGGCGGUUUUAAGCCGGAUGGUGGAUGCUUGUAUCGCAUGCAGCAAGCUGGUGCAUGCAACACAAAACUUCACCGACCAGUGCAUAGUUGCUCCACGAUUGACUCGGAACAGCUUGAAGAUCUUCCUUCUGUGGAGAAGGCAGUUGGCGACCGAAGCUUCUCCAGCAAACGAAAAGGAGACAUCCCACCUUUCGCUGAAUGGAAAAAAAAUGACGAACUACGUGAGUUAUACCGCGGCGUGUCAGAAGCAGUUUCCCACGGUCAACCUGGCGACUGGAACGGCAGCUGGCCCGGUAUCUCAGGGCGCGCUCAUCAAACGUCUUCGUGUUUCCCUGAUAGGGUUAAUGCAAGCGACCGUAGAGAGCUGAAUAGUUGGCGGCUCCACGUCUCCGCCGCCGCCGAGCUAGGGUCAAGUCACAUCUGGAACUCGCAAUCAUACGCUUCGGCCUCUGUGAGUCGGGAUAAACAACGGGAGCCACCUAAAAAUGGGCUCACUGGCUGUGACGUGCCAGAGUAUCUGGGGACCAGUCAAAGUGCAGGACUACCUGCAGCAAACGCGCACGAACGCGGCAACUUCUAUGGACAUGAUAGAUGCCGACCACGUGAAGGAGAGCGGGUCCGUUGGGUGGGCCUACAGCGAAAUCGAAAACCCGAGGCAUCGGUAUCCUCUGGAGCGAGCAACAGUGCGACAACAGCGAGACCGAAGGACAGCACGGAACCUGACGAAGGCAACAGUGAAGGAGUGAGCACGAGGCGAAAAGACUCUGGUUCCACUGCAGCGACUAUCAGUCGGGCUGUUUCCCUGGGUAUGGUGACACCGAGUGCUGCUUGUGAGAAUUCUUCUUCACUAACAGAUACGUCUCCUCCUCUGAGCCAUCGGCCCUCCUUCAGCUUUACUCAUUGCUGCGAGGAGACUUUGAGCAGGUGUAACUCCUCUAAUUAUUUGUGUCCUCCAGCAACGUGUCAUACGUCGGAUGAUGGUAGGUCUUUAGGGCCGUCGCGAGAGGCACAAGCUCUCCGGUCAUUGAGCCUAGCUUCCGGCUAUGGUUACCCGGGGAUACCUGCCGAGGCAACGUCCUUCUGGCAGGGCAGCUCACUGGAGCACUCAAUAAUGGAACCGCAGAUGGUGCCAUCCGAUGAUGAACUUCGAUUGUGGGUCCAUCCUCGUGACGCAGCGAAUUGGUCGCAGAGCACGUUGAAACCCGUUGCUGUCGUAAGCGGGACCGACGCUGGUGACGAUCAACAUAAGACGCCAGAGAACUUGACUCCCGAAAGCGGGCAGGCCCAUCGCCGGGACGGCCACGACAUGCAGCGUGUGCAACGGUGCGAUGACGAGGGGGAGUGCCCCCCUACAACAGUCGAACUGACUUUUCCGCAUUCACACUCUAGUGAUGAAAUGCAGGACUUGCCGUCGAAGGUACAAGGAAAUUUUCUCUUGCGAAGAGAGCUCUCGGACUCACUGCAACAUGAGACUGCCGAAAGCGUUGCUGGUUACGGGUGGAUGCGUAUACGGAAUGCUGGAGAUAUUCCAAACUCGAAGGUCAGGAGACUGAUACAAGAGAUGAGGAUGGACGAUACAACUGCGAGUGCUUACAAAACCGCCAGCCACCUUUGCAUUCGGGGGGCUUGA